AUGAGUACCGGUAAACUGCGUUUUGCAGUUAGUUGCUCGAGCAAUAUGAAUAGGAGUAUGGAAGCGCAUAGUUUUAUGCAGAAACGUGGCUUCAACGUGGAGUCGUUUGGGUCGGGAAGUCAGGUGAAACUGCCCGGACCGACACCCGACCGCCCGAAUUGUUACGAGUUCGGGGUGGCCUCCUAUGAUUUCAUUUAUAAUGACCUCAAGGCGAAGGAUGCUCAGUUAUAUACUCAGAACGGUUUAUUAAACAUGUUGGAUAGGAAUCGACGUAUAAAAGGAAUGCCGCAGAAAUUUCAGCACUUUAAGGGGAAAUUCGAUGUGAUUAUUUGUUUGGAGGAGCGGGUUUAUGAUCAGAUAUUGGAAGAUUUACAAACGCGAGAAUCGAAUGACGGUGAUAGUGUGCAUGUGAUUAAUAUUGAUAUACAGGACAAUCAUGAGGAGGCGACGAUUGGGGCGUUAUUUGUGUGUGAAUUGUGCUCGAAGGCGGGUUUAUUAUUUAUUAUUAUUUAUUAUUAUUAUUUAUUAUUAUUUAUUAUUAUUAUUUAUUAUUAUUUAUUAUUAUUUAUUGUGUAUUGUAAUUGA